AUGAACAAAGUUACACGAUUUUUUAAUCCUGAUGAAGAACAACCAAAGGAGCAAAAUGCUAUUAUGUCUGAGAUAUCCGGUUUGUCAUGGGAUACUCGUUUGAAAGGUUUUGGUAUCUGUUUACUUAUCGCCUUGAUGCUUGGUAUUGGUGCAGUGGUUAUCUAUUUUCUUGGCGGUAAUCUUUCUGGCUUUGCUAUUCUCUACAGUUGUGCAGUUAUCUUCGGGCUUAUAUCUACACUCUUUUUGAUGGGUCCAUUGAAUCAACUUAAAAAAAUGUUUGACUCUACUCGAUGGAUUGCAACAGUGGUCUUUCUUGCAUCUGUUGUGAUGACACUCGUGUCUGCUCUUGUUAUCAAAAUCGGUGUUCUUGUUCUUAUAUUUGUUAUCGUUCAAUUUCUCGCACUUGCUUGGUAUACGAUUAGUUAUAUUCCAUUUGCACGAGAUGCUAUCAAGAGUUGUUGCGGAGGCAUUAUGGGCGUAUGA